AUGGUCUUAUUGCCCGCAACAAAGAAAUCUCCAUCCUCAUGGUCACGUCUCACUAGUUCAAAUUACAUUUCAACCAUCCAACUAUCGAAUCAUUCAACCAUAUUCCCUUCAGGAUUCAAAAUAUCAUCCCAAAAGCAAUAUCUGAGUCAAGUGACAACAGCCAAAUCUCUUGCUGCUGCUAGAGCUGAAAUUCUUGUUGAUUUGUUCAGUUACUCACUAAAGAUUUCACUAAACAUAUUCAAGAGUACCUUCACGUGGGCUGCAUGGUUUGCCAAUAGAAGCAAAUCUUCGCCAAAACUUAUUUACAGUUAUAAGAAUAGUUUCAAUGCAUUUGUCGCUCUAUUAACAAAUGACGAAGUUCAAAAGAUAUCAUUAAUGAAAGGAGUAAUAUCUGUCUUUCCUAAUAAAAUCAACCAUAUACUUACAACAAAAUCUUGGGAUUUUAUUGGAUUUCCUCAAACGGUUAAAAGACAAAACACAGUUGAAAGCGAUAUUAUUAUUGGAGUACUGGAUACUGGAAUAUGGCCAGAAUCGAAUAGCUUUAUAGAUGAAGGGUUUGGACCACCCCCAAGUAAAUGGAAGGGUUCUUGUGAAGGGCUAACUAAUUUCACUUGCAAUAACAAAAUAAUCGGAGCAAGGUACUACAAUAAAGAUAAAGACUUCAACAAAGAUGAUAUUGAGUCUCCUAGAGACACAGAUGGUCAUGGAACUCAUGUAGCAUCAAUUAUAGCUGGUGGCCUUGUUAGUACAAGCUUCUAUGGUCUUGCUAAUGGUACAGCUCGAGGAGGAGUCCCUUCUUCUCGAAUCGCGGUAUAUAAAGUAUGUUGGUCAACCGGUUGCUUUUCUAGCGACAUCAUGGCAGCAUUUGAUGAUGCCAUAAACGAUGGGGUUGACAUAAUAUCAUGUUCUCUCGAAGGCAUUGCUAGCGACUAUUUUAAUGAUGCAAUACAUAUUGGAUCUUUUCACGCAAUGAGUAAAGGAAUUUUAACUACAAUGGCUGGCGGAAACAAUGGUCCGAAAAUUGGAACUAUAUCUAAUGUUUCUCCAUGGUCAAUUACAGUUGCAGCAAGCAGGACUAAUCGUAAAUUUAUUACCAAUCUGAAGUUGGGUGAUGGUACAACAUUAGAAGGAUUUUCAGUGAACACUUUUGAUCCUAAUGGUUUCUCUCCUAUAGUGCAUGCUGCUAAUGUGAAAACGAGAGGCUUCUGUGUUCCUAGGUUUAGGUUCUGCCGUCCAAAAUCACUUGAUGCACGAUUGGUAAAAGGUAAAAUUAUAGUUGAUGACGAAACUAAUAUAGAAGAAACAGCUCUUUUAGCUGCUGGAGCAGUUGGUAUGGUGAUACAAGGAAAUAUAUCUUCUUCAACAUUAAUUACUAAGGUUUUUUCCCUUCCUACAACUUUGGUUGGCCAUGAGGAAGGAAGACAAAUCUUGAACUAUAUUAAUAGAACAAGAAAUGCAACUGCAAGCAUAAUGAAGAGCUAUGAAAUUGUUGAUGAGUUUGCACCAUAUAUUUCACCUGCCUCAUCUAGGGGACCAAAUACUAUAUCAUUUGGCAUCCUCAAGCCGGAUUUGUCUGCACCUGGCAAUAACAUAUUGGCAGCGAGUACACUUGCGAAUUCUCCUACGAAUCAAAAAAUGGAUAGAAGAAGAGUUCCUUAUUCAAUCAAAUCGGGCACAUCAAUGGCCUGCCCACAUGUUAGUGCCGCGGCUGCAUAUGUCAAAUCUUUUAAUCCAUCGUGGUCUCCAUCAGCUAUAAAAUCGGCUCUUAUGACAACCGCAUUCACCAUGAGUGCAAUGAAAACUCUAGAAAAAGAAUUUGGUUAUGGAGCAGGACUCAUAAAUCCUAUAGCGGCGAUCGAUCCUGGACUUGUAUAUGAUGCCAAUAAAGAGGAUUAUAUACAGUUCUUGUGCAGUCUAGAAUAUACCAAUCAACAAAUGCACUAUCUUACGGGUGACAAUAGCACAUGCACCAAGUUUGUGAAACAAUAUGACUGGAAUCUUAAUAUGCCUUCAUUUUGUUUCCUUACCCUUCCGUUGAAAAAUUUUAAGGUCACAUUUCUUAGGAAAGUUACAAACGUGGGCUUGACAUCGACUACUUACAAUGUCAAAAUUGAUUCUUCAGAGAAAUUGAAAAUACAUGUUUUUCCCGAUACACUCUCUUUCACUAGUGUCGGACAAACUCAAUCAUUCACGGUGACGGUUGAGGGGAUAAUUCCUCCAUUGACAAUUGUUAGUGCUUCUUUGUCAUGGGUAGACUCCACACACAAAGUGAGAAGCCCCAUUGUUAUUUAUACAUUAUAA